AUGCUGAACGGCACGUUUGCUGAGAUGGUCUCGACAAACCUGCGAGGCAUAUUUCCAACGGGCACAGCGCUCCAGAAGAGCUGGACCGGCAUCCAGGCCAUCGACUUUUUCCUCAGCCUGCUUAUCGUCUUCUUCAACUCGGUUGUCAGCAUUCACGACUUGCCAGACAUUGGGCCUUUUCUCAUAUCAGUCGAUUUGGUGCUCGCCAUCGGGGUCUUCAACAUGAUGACGGUGGUAGAAGGCCGACGAAACCGGAAGACAAGUCCACUACGAUCUCCUGCUUGGUGGCAAACGAUGUGGAACUUUUUCGGCGCUGCGUGCGCGCUGCCAGUCUACUUGCACCUGUACGUGGAGAAACGAUUACGGACGCCUCUUCCUCGCAUUCCGCCCGCGCAGGCACAAGCUCUUCCCUUCUCCGCGAUCUGGAACACGCUGAUAUCCGUUCCCUUGCUUGUACCAACCGUGCUCAGGGUCAGCCCAUUCCAGAUCCAGGCUGGGAUGGUCCUGUGGUUGCUCGGGCCACCUUCUCUGAAUCUUUUUCAGGACGCAGUCAGUUCCCUCAUCACCGCAACCGGAUACAGGGGAGUGCAAAGCCCUACCACAGUUACCUAUUGGAUUGUCGGUAGCAUUAGUGCUAUUUGCCAUGUUGCUGUUAUCUUGAGUCCCUACUUCUUCCCCGGAGUCACUCUCAGUCGGAUUUACUGGCCCAACCACAGCGCUGUUCAACAGGGCCAAUAUUACCUUGCUGAGGGGGCCAUGCUCUUUAUCCAGUAUGACUACAUUAUAAUCAAUCUCUCUGUGCUUGCUGUGGGAUUCUACAAAUUCAACCUUGGCAGUGCGGCCGCUACCAAGCCAUCGACUCAAGCCCAGCCGGCUGUCAAUCCCAGACUUGUAUUCACAGCUGUCACGGCGGUUUUGGGCCCUGGCGCUGGAAUGGCAUGGUUACUUUGCGAUAAGGAAAGGGAGUUAGAAAAGCAGGCCAAUGCAAUCCAGCAGUAA